AUGACCAAGUUGAACGUCAUCCUCAGCUUCGCCGCCGUCGCCCUGGCGCUAACCACCUUCAACGAUGUCAAUGCUGCCAGUCUCCGUAACCCCGACACUACUGAGCGUUUCCUGUCCAGCUACGAUGCCAGUACCAGCGACAGUGCCGACGGUGAGCGCUUCUUGUUCGAGAUGGAGGGCAGCGAGGGAUCGGAUGCCGAAGGCAGUGAGAGUUUGGCAGGAGACCGCUUCCUACUCGAGAUUGUCGAAGGAAGUGACAGUACUGUCGACGAUGAAGGAAGCGACAGCGAGCGUUUCCUGCAGGAGGUCGACAGUAGCGAGAGUGCCGCUGAUGAUGAAGGCAGCGAGGGCUUUGCCGGUGAGCGGUUCUUGGCUGAAAUGGAAGGGAGCGAUAGUACUGAGGGUAGCGAGAGUGUCGACGGUAACCGGUUCCUCCUGGAAGUUGACAGCAGUGGGGUGACAGCGUCGACGGUGAAAGAUUCCUGGAGGAAGUAG